AGGGUCUCUGCCCACCUGAUAUCGUCCAUCAUGGACGAGGUAAAUGGACGUGUGCUUAAAGCUAUCCAAGAUUUAAAGACCAUCCGGGUUAUUGUUGACAUUCCUACUGAACAUUUAACCCCUGAGAACUAUCUUGAUUUAGCAUUUGAACUCGUUGAACCGUUCACGAAUAGCUGGGAAGAACACCACGUGGUGCGAAAACUCGUCGUCGACGUGUAUCCGCGACAUGCAUACGUUGUGAUCGACAUCAAUAAUUUUUCUUAUGAUUUCAAGCUCGCUCAUUUACAGAUUUUCGCUAUUCCAGUCCACAUUCUACGUUUGUCAAGGAAAAGCAAGCAAUGGUCCUUCUUUAGACGAGAACUAGAGGAUCGACGAGUCGCCAAGGAUAUUGCAGAGUUGCACAGGUGUAACGGCCAAAACCAACCCCCUUUCUUUGCAGACCAUAUUCGAGGGUCUGUUUACCUUUCUCCCCGUACAACAUGAGGGGAUGAUGGGCGAAAUGGGAUCUGGUGUGCAUGCAGCGUCGCAUAUGUUCGCAACUUUAUUUCUUGGCUCUUAUAAUUUACCUGUUC